AUUCGAAAGAAAUCAUUGAAGAUCGAGGAAAGAUGGACAAAUGUGUACCAUGUUGAAUCCAGAUCUUAUCAUUGUGUCAUUGCUUUAUCUGCUAGUGUAUCAGAGUUUUCCGGGCCACUCAAAGCGGAAUAGUAAGCCAUCGGUCCGCGGCUAGCUACUAUGCGACAAGUUACGUUACGCUACAUACGCUCCCCAACAAUGUAAGUCAACUGCUAUUCUCCUCAAUUUGAAACAUGAGGCUCCUAAGUCUCCACAAAGCCGAGAUGUACUUCACGACUUUGAUGUUAAUUAUACCUUUCCUCAUUAUCUCCGUAACCUCUUUUCGUAUCAUUCGAAGAGAUACUGAUGAGCUUAAAUGCGGUCUUACUAGUAAGACUCCAGCCUCAAGCAGUGAAUCACUGGACUAGCUCAUUUCUCUUCUUCACAGGCAACGCUAUCUUGUCAGACUGCCAAAACUUACUAAAUAACGAUGCG